AUGGCUACUGUGCAGUUAAUGAAGGUCUUGGAAUUGAUUGAUUUUAAUUGGUUUAAUGAACUAGAUCAAGCUGCCACCAAGAUUCACAGGAAUGUGGAGGACGCCACUGAAGUCUCUGCCGUGCUAACUGACAUUCCAGAUGGGGUGGAUAAUGCUAUGAAUCUGGAAGCUGAGCAGAAAGCAGAGAGGGACCGUGAGGUGGAGGCCGUCCUCUCUGAUGUUUUAGCCAAAGUUGAUUGUGUCUCAAAGCAACAAAGAGCAAGAGAGGAGGGAACAGCUGAAGCGAUUUCUGUUCUUGAUGACCUCCUGGAUGGCGUAGCCUCUGCUUUGAAGCUAAAAGAAGAAAAGCAGGAAGUGAUAUCCAAAAUAAAGACUAUCCUGAACAACAUUCUUGAAGACGUGGACUCUAAUCUGAAUUUGACCACAACACUGAAAGGAGAAGAGAAGGAGGGCACGUCUGUGGCGAAGGCUGUGCUUACUGAUCUCUUGGACAACGUAGACUCUGCUCUGAAGCGGGACAAAGCUGCCACUGAGAUGGCCCACAUAGAGCCUAAGGGUAUUCUGGAUAUGGUGGACACUGACCUGAAUCUGAUCAAAGAACUGGACGUGGUUAGAAAGGAGGAAAAGGAGAAAACUGAGGCUAUGCACUUGGAUGGAGGUGAAGCAGCACAUAACAUCAAGCCGGACAUGCAACUUCUUGAGGGUCUGCCACUGGCUCAAGCUGGGCACCUGAGUGUGGGAGAAGCUGCCGCCAAAGACAAGAUGGAGGAAAAAGAAGCACAGGAAGAUGAGGAGAGUGUUUUACCAGCUGAACACAAACACAAACACAAGACGAGGAGAGGAAAGCGAGGCAGGGGAGCCAAGAGAGGAGCGAAAGCUAAAGAGACCAGGGAGAGUGACCACCCAGGCGGUCAAGACGUAGACAACGAGAAAAGGAAGGAGCCCGAGAGGCAGGGCGACCGAGCAGGAAACAACGUGCUGGGGAAAGACCAAUGGAGACCCGCUGCUGUGGACAGGCAGUGGAGGGGACAGAGGUUUGGGCCCAGUGGACACAGAAAACAAUCCAGCCAUCAGCCUGUCCGAGAGGACAAGAAGGGAGAGAGGGUGGAGAGGCAAAGAAAACCACCAACUGAGAGAGGACAGAGGCGCGGACAGGAGGUGACCACCCCAGCACAGAGGCGGGAACAAACAGCCCCAGGACAUGGGAAGGAACCCGAUUGA